AUGCAAAGCAAUCCCAGUUCUAGUAGCGCUGCAGAGCAGAUAGACAUCUUAAUCGCCGUCAUGGGAGCGACGGGCAGUGGCAAGACGACCUUUGUCAAUAUGGCCAGCGGCGACGACCUGACAGUUGGGGCCAGCCUGCGGUCAUGCACAAGUGACGUGCAGAUAUGCAAACCAUUCAAAGUCGACGGUCGUACAGUGACCCUGGUAGAUACGCCAGGGUUCGACGAUACGGACAAAAGCGACACAGAUGUACUCGCCAUGAUCGCUGCUUUUCUCAAUGCAUCGUACGAACAAGGGAGGAAACUAGCUGGUCUCAUUUACAUGCAUCGUAUAUCCGACUAUAGAAUGGGUGGUUUGUCCGCGCGAAACUUCAGAAUGCUCCGACGUCUGUGCGGAGAUACGACGCUGAAGAAUUUGGUAAUCGUUACGAAUAUGUGGGGAGAUGUGUCUCUUUCCGUUGGUGAGGCUCGUGAGAGGGAGCUUGCCACACAGGACAAAUUUUUCAAGCAAGCCUUGGAUAAAGGCGCGAAGAUGCUACGUCAUACCCACAGUUUUGAUAGCGCAAUCAACAUCCUUCGAUACGCACUCCGAAACACCCCACUCCCUCUCAAGAUCCAGGAAGAAAUGGUUGACGAAGGCAAGGACCUUCCUGAAACCGGCGCUGGGGCUGAGCUCAACGCUGAGUUGGAGAAGUUGAUGAAGAAGCACGAAGAAGAUAUGCGUGCGCUGAAGGCUGAGCUGGAGGAAGCUGUGCGCCUCAAGGAGGAGGAAACGCGGCAAGAACUUGAUGCUGAGAUCGUCAAACUACGGGAUGAAACAAAUCGGAUUAAGCUCGAUGCCCGAGACAUGGCGUCUAAGUACGACUUGGAGAGGAGCAAACUAGAAGCCCAGAUACGGAAGAGCGCAGAGAGGACCGCAACGCAGCAAGCCCAGAUGAAGAAGGAAUAUGAAGGGGAACUCAAAAAACUCAAGCAGCAGGCACUGCAAAAUGCAGGUAACACCGAGGACAUCUUGGAUCUGCGCCACAAGGUCCUGCAAUUGGAAACGCAGAUAGCCAACAUGCCUCGCCCGCGCCCCAAGCCCUGGCCCUGCACAAUCAUGUAA